AUGUUGGAUAAAGAAAAUACCUUGAAGAAUUUCCUCAAUCUCGAAAACAUAAACGAUAGAUAUAUUACAGAUCUGAACACAAAUAAAAAAAGGUUUUCUUAUGCUGAAUUAUGUGAAGAAAUAGAAAAAUUUCGAAAUUUUUUUCAAAGUAUAAAUAUAAAAAAAGGAGAUGAAAUAUCUAUUAUUUUAUUUAACAGUAUAGAAUAUGUAUUGACAUUUUUAAGUAUCAAUUUUAAUCAUAAUAUAUGUUUACCACAAAAUACGAAUUUAAAAAAAGAAGAAUAUGAAAGAUAUUUGGUUAACAAUUGCAAGUAUAUAAUUGUUCAUGAUUAUGAUGAAAAUGAUGAUAAUUAUGCAAGUAUAAAAAAAAAACAUGGAUAUUAUAAAAAUGUCCUUAAUUCGUUAGAAGAAUUAUCAAAAGAGCAUAAUAUAGGGUUAAUAAAAAUCAAGAAAAAUAGUACAAAACCUUAUUUCACAUACUCAUAUAUACCAAAUGGCAAAGAUGUAGAAAAAAGCGAAAUAGGAAACAACGAAAUAGGAAAACAAGAUAAUGUUAUAAAUAAUUCCGAAUCGAAUAAAGGUAUAUGUCUACACUUACAUACCUCUGGAACAACAAGUAAAGUAAAAAUUGUUCAGUUAACUAAUAAUAAUAUAAAAACAACCAUAACAAAUAUUGUAAAUUCAUAUGAUAUAAAUAAAAAUGAUAACACAAUUAUAGUUAUGCCUUUAUAUCAUGUACAUGGAUUAAUCGGCGUAUUAAUGCCAAUUCUAUUCUCUAAAGGAAAUAUUUUAUUUCAAUUAGGACACUCAUUUAGUGCUUCUGAAUUUUGGAACAAUAUAAUGGAAUAUAAUAUUAGCUAUUUUUCUGCAAUACCAACAAUAUUAAAAAUUUUAUUAUUGAGAUAUGAAAAAGAUUAUUUAAGAAAAGAUAGUGAUGGAAAAAAAGUUCAACAUAAAUUACGAUUUAUUCGAACUUCCAGUUCAUAUUUAGAUGAAUUAUUAGAAAAAGAAAUUGAAGAAAAAUUUGAAACACAAGUUUUUCAAGCAUAUGGUAUGACAGAGGCAUGUCAUCAAGUUAGUUCAAAUAAAUUAAUAAAUAGUGAUAAUAAUAAAAAUAAAAUAUGUAUGAAAAAAUUAAAAAGUGUAGGAAUACCAAAUGUCGGAGUUGUAAUAUAUGAUAGUGAAAAAAAAAAAGUAUGUGAUUAUAAUACUUUAGGAGAAAUAUGUAUUAAUGGAAAAAAUGUUAUGUAUGGUUAUAAAGAAAUAAAAGAUAAUGAACAUAUAUAUGUAUAUGUUAAUACAAUAAAAGAAAAAACACAAUAUAUGAUAAAUAAUAAAUUUUUAGAAAUAUCAGAAAAUGUACCUUUUUUUAAAACUGGGGAUAUAGGAUAUAUUGAUGAAGAUAAUUUCCUUUUUUUAUCUGGUCGAAUUAAAGAUAUAAUAAACAGAGGUGGUGAAAAAAUAAUUCCAAACGAAAUAGAUGAUGUUCUAAGAACCCAUCCAAUUAUACAAGAUUGUUUAACUUUUGGAUCAAAAGAUGAUGUAUAUGGCGAAAUUAUAAAUGCUUCAGUAAUAGUUAAAGAUAUCUAUUUAGAAGAUAACAAUAAAAAUAACAAUAAAAAUAAAUAUAUAGAGAGUGAAAGUGAAAAUAAGCUUAAUUCAGGAAGUCUAAAAGAGGGCAAUAAAAUGAUUGAAAAUAAUGAUAAUUCCAAGGAAGAAACUGAAUUUGAUGUAAAUAAAAGUAUCGAAUUAAAUUUAAAUAAUUUUCAUAAAAGAUAUGAACUAACAGAACAUAUGAGAAAAGAAUUAGCUGAUUUUAAAGUACCUAAAAAUAUAUAUUUUGUUAAUAAUUUUUUAAAAACAGAUACAGGUAAAAUAUCACGAAAAAAAGUAUCUGAAGGUAUUGAACUUAUAAAAAAUAAAGAUAUUCCAAUUUUUGAUAUUAUUGCAAUAAUUUUAAAAAAAUAUAAAAUAGAUCAUAUAUAUGGAGUAUAUGGUAUACCUAUAAAUAAAAUAAUAAAAAGUUUGAUUAAAAAUAAAAUAUAUUAUAUUAGUUUUAGAAAUGAAAUAAAUGCUGCUAUAAGUUGUAAUUAUGUAAAUUAUUUUAGUACAAAAAAACAAAAAAAAGUUGGAAUCAUUUUUGUAUGUUCUGGUCCAGGAUUUAUAAAUACAAUUAGUGGUUUAUAUAAUUCAAAAAUAAAUAAUUUACCUAUGGUAUUAAUAUGUUUUGAAAAUUAUAUAGAUAAUAAUUUAACUCUUUUUGAAAAAUAUAAUAAUUUUCAAUAUUUUCCACAAUUUAAUUUUUUAAAUAAAUCUAAAGAAAUAUGUAAUUCAGUAUAUCAUGCAAAUUCUUUAGAUACAUUUUCUGAACAAUUUAAUAAAGCUAUAAAUCAGGCUAUUAAAUAUAAGGUCCCUGUUUAUUUAAAUUUAGAUUAUAAGAUGAUUAGUCAGACUGUAAAUAUUGAACAAGCUUUUCAAGUAUUAGAAACAGUUUCGAAAAAUGUUAAUCUAUAUUUUGAUCAAAAUAUAAAAACAGAUCUACUAAAUGUCGAAAUAAAUCAAAAUGAUGAAAUAAUGGAAAAAUUUAUAAAUUUAGUAAAACGUAUCAAACAAAUUUAUAAAUCUAAUAGUAAGGGUGUUAUUUUUGUAGGAUCAAAUUGUAAUAAUGGAAUAAAAUAUGUUUUAAAAUUAUCCAAACUUUUGAAGAUUCCAUUAUAUACUAAUACAAUGGGAAAAAGUUUCUUAAAAGAAAAUUAUAUUUAUAAUGUAAAUUCUUGUAAAUCUUUUGUUUUUAAUAAUUUAGAUUUUUGCAUUUCCAUUGGAAGCCCAUAUAAUUUUUAUUUUAAUUUUGGAAAUUUCCCAAUGUGUAAAAAGGAGAAUAUGAUAUGUAUCGAUUUGAACAACGUCGAAGAGGCUGAAAAAAAUGACGGGAAAAAUGGUGGAAAAAAUGGUGGAAAAAAUGGCGGGCAAAAUGACGAAAAAAUUAGUCAUUUCUUUUUUCAUGAUUUAUAUUUUAUUUUAAAAAAAUUAUAUUUUACUAUAAAAGAGGACAGUACAUUAUUAGUAAAUAUGGAUAGUCGACAAGAUUGGAUUAGUAUUAUAAACAAAGAAAAAAAAAAAAAUAUUUACAAAAUAUGCACAAAAAUUGCAACCCAAUAUUUUGGUAAAAAUAAUAACACAUUUACUAUGGAACAAGCUUUUCUAAUUUUGCGAAAUAUCUUAAUUAAUUAUUAUUUUACUCAAAAUGAUAUUCCAAUAGAAUAUAAAAAAUAUUUUAUAAAUUAUUUUCAACUACUUAGUGAAGAUCAAAUUCAAGCUCAUGGCUUAUCUGAUAUUAUAUAUAUAUCAGAAGAGGAAAAAAAAACAGUAAAAGAUAAUAAAAAAGUAAUAUCAGAAGAGCUAAUAAAUAACAAUUUUGAAAAUGUUAAUUGGGAUCGUUUUCCAGAAAUUGAAGAAGAUUGUGAUUUGGAUUACACUAGUUCGGAUGAAGCAGAAAAAAAUAAUAAUGUUGAAAAUAGUAGCAAAUUUUUAAAUAAAAAAGUUAAAAAACGAAUAAUAAUUACAAAUGAAGGGUCUAUAUCAUUAAUAAUGGGAAUUUUAUAUUUACCAAAAUUUGGAUUAUAUAAUUAUGUAAUUCCACAAAUAAAUGGAAUGAUGGGAGUUUCAAUGAAUGCUGCUAUUUCUGCUUCUUUAGAAAAUAAAAAUAAUAUAAUAUUUUCAAUUUUAGGUGAUUCAUCUUUUGGUUUCACUUGUAAUGAAAUCGAAACUAUUUGUCGACUAAAAUUAAAAAUUGUUAUUAUUGUUAUAAAUAAUAAUGGAAUAUAUGGAACUAGAGAUUUUCAAAUAAAACCAAAAAAUGAAAUUAAAUAUGUUAAUAAUAAAACAUUAGAUUCUCAAUUUUAUUUAGACAAUCCAUCAGCUUUAUAUCAUUUUAGUAAAUACGAAAAUUACAUUACUGCUCAUGGAGGAUAUGGUGUUUUUAUUGAUUCUAAAGAAGAAUUAAUAAAACAGAUGAACUAUAUUAUUAGUGAUAAAUUUGAUCAUUUUCCAGUUUUACUUAAUAUACUUGUUGAAGAUACUGGUUCUGUUCAUUUUGAUGCUGAUAAAUGUAUUUUAUAA